AUGCAGCCAUUCGGCAUGCCCAUUCAGAUAACGCUUCAGGGCGGCCGGAGGCACCAGAUAAGGGGACACUUUUCUGCUGCUCUUGAGAAGAAAAGUAAAAUCGGUGAUGGGGACAAAACACCAGAAAAAAACAAGAAGUUGCCAUCAAAUGCCGGAGAAGAGAGAGCUGUGUUCCUUGGAUUUGCAAUGAUGGGCUUCUCAGUCCUUAUGUUUUUCUUGCUUGGAAUCACCAUCCUACAGCCUUUUAUGCUCAGCACUCAGAGAGAAGAGUCAAACUGCACCGCCAUCCGAGUGCACAUCGUGGAUGUUUGGCUGGACUGCUCUUCCAUCUGUGCUGCCGAUUGCUGGCAGCGGGGGAAGUACCCGUGUCUUCAGGUGCUUGUCAACCUCUCCCAUUCUGCCCAGAAAGUUCUUCUGUAUUACAAUGAAGAAGCUGUUCAACUCAACCCCAAGUGUUUUUACACCCCGAAGUGCCAUCGGGCUAGGAAUGAUUUACUCGACAGUGCUCUGGACCUAAAGAACUUCUUUGAUCAAAAAAAUGGCACUCCUUUCUCCUGCUUCUACAGGUCUGACAGCAAGUCGGAAGAUGUCAUUUUGACCCAAAAGUAUGACAAAAUGGCCAUCUUCCAUUGUUUAUUCUGGCCCUCAUUAACUUUGCUAGGUGGGGCCUUGAUUGUUGGCAUGGUGAAAUUAACCCAGCAUCUAUCGUUCCUCCGUGACAAAUAUCCAGUGGCAAUAAAGGAGGCUAACUGCCUCACAUCACAAGCAGAACUGCGUAGACAUAAAAUGUCUAGGAAGACGGAAAGAAAGGAUAAGGGAAUUUUACGAUGGGAGCUCAAUUCGCAAAUCAGCCACCACAGUCUGCUUCUCUGA